UUUGAAGUUCAAGGUUUAUUAAAUUUUGAAAAUUCAAGAAUUUCCACGAUUUUGGACUAUAAAAUCGAAGAAAGUUAUUGGUUUUUAUUCAGAACAAUUUCUGAAAAGAAUUCAACAAAAUGUUUGGCAAUAAAGCACUUUUUGUGAUUGGAGCUUUGUUGGCAAUCAGCUGCGGCCUGGCCGCCUCAGCUGCCGUUUGCAAAGGAUGCAGCGGCAAACAAUUGGCCAAAAGUCUCGAUGCCCUCGAUGGCAGACGAAAAUGUUGGCUUAGCAUGGACAAUCACGUUCUGCUCAGCUUUAAGUUGGCGGUGCUGAAUGGCGUUGCUGGUGUCCUAGAGGAUCUCUACAAAAAAUCCAAUGAAUUAUCGCGAUCCGAAUGCAAAACGGAUGUCAUUCCCGAUUGUGCUCCCUCGGGGGAUACUGAUGACGACAUUGAAUGCGUUAUUGACCACAUGAAAAAGAUGGCCAAUGCUUAUGUGGAAUUGGAAGAAUGCAAUGGCGAACUGCUGGAUCCUGAAGAUUUGAAUAUGAUGUUCAGAGUAAUGGCUGGGUCAACUGCUGGUUGGCGUGUUGUUCAUCCAACUUGUUAAUUUUGAGUUUUGGUGAUUUUUGUAAAAUUGAAUAUGAAUUGAUUUUUUUUUUGAAAAUUAAAUUCUGAAAUAUUUAAACACAAAACUUAAAGAAUAAAAAAAAGCAUUUGAAUAAAAAUUUGA